AUGCACAUCAUCAAACCCGAAUGGGUAUGCCAUCAUGAUGAAAAGGGAAAGAAGGCGCCCAUCUAUUCUUUACAUGUACAUCCAGAUGGGACACGGCUGGCCACUGGAGCUCAAGAUGCCAAAGUAAAAAUAUGGAGUCUGGCGCCAAUUAUCGAUGCAAAUCAGGAUCAGGAUCCAGAGGCAUGGAAACAUCUUUGUACAAUGUCACUACACAAUGGCGCUGUACUUUGUGUAAAAUGGUCAAACGGAGAAGGUACAUAUCUUGCAACAGGGUCCGAUGAUAUGAUUGUGAUGAUCUGGCAGUUGGACAGAUCUUCAGAUGCAUGGGGUGGCACAUCCUUUGGGAACUCUGAUGGACCUAAUGUGGAGAAUUGGCGUGCAGUAAAACGACUUUCUGGACAUGAAUCAGAUGUCACUGAUGUUGCAUGGUCACCCGAGAAUUCAUAUUUGGCAUCAGCAGGACUGGACUCGAAAAUUAUCAUUUGGGAUGGAAGGACAUUUGACCGCAUCAUAUUACUAGACCAGCAUCAAGGAUUUGUAAAAGGUCUCACUUGGGAUCCUGUCGGGAAAUACAUGGCAUCACAGUCUGAUGACAAGACAGUCAAAAUAUGGAGAAUAACGGACUGGGAAGUGGAGGUCGAGAUCACAGAGCCAUUCUUACAGUCUUCAGGGACAACUUUUUUUAGGCGUCUGAGUUGGUCUCCUGAUGGCGGCCAAAUCGCUACAGCAAAUGCAUUCAACGGAUCAAUACCAGUGGCAGCAGUUAUUUCUAGAGACACCUGGAAAGCCGAUAUUUCGCUCGUUGGUCAUAGUGCGCCUAUCGAGGUGGUCGCAUUCAAUCCUUUGCUUUUCAAAUACACUGACAGCACCGGAAACUCUGGAUUCACAUCCAUUUGUGCAGUAGGGAGUCAAGAUCGAGGACUCUCUGUAUGGAGAACUCAUGAGCCUAGACCGUUCGUAGGCAUUAAAGAGUUAUUUGAUCACAGCUUUUUGGAUUUCAGUUGGGCACCGGAUGGACAAUCUCUUUUUACGUGCUCUUAUGAUGGGACGAUCGCAGUCUUACUUUUUCAAUCCGAAAACCUAGGGGAGGCUGUACCGGCAGAGGAGCGGCAUCGAUUACUAGCAAAAUAUGGUUAUGAGAGACGUGGAGAGAUCAUGGCAGAGACACCGGUUCAACUGGCAAUGGAGGAACAGCUGAAAGAAAGUUCUGCAAAGUCAAGGAUGGAUGAACUAAUGCAGCAUGAAUCCUCCAUGGAAGGAGUCACUUCAACGUUUGCUACACCCUCAGAUCCGAGUGUCUUUGCGAAUGCAGCAGCAGCAGCAGCAAUAGCGGCGACCAAUGGAACAUCUUCAACACCUUCGUCAUCUUCAACUACAUCUUCAUCAUCAUCUAUGCCUUCACGGCCAAUACAAACACAUAUUGUGGCAAGCGAACAAACCGUUACAUUGACGAGCGAUGGAAAGAAACGGAUUAAACCUUUGUUUUUGGGGAAUGGCAUGGGGACUGUGCCAGUGACCAGACCUCAGCCCCCGCCAGUCAGCCACGCAGCUGUAAGUCAUAUUUUUGGAUCAAACAUCAACAGCAUGAAUCAUGUGGAGCGCGGAGAGCCCUCGAUGGCAAUACCUGAUGGAGGAAUUCCUUCUGUUGUCGUUGGAAUGAAGCGUAAGGAGAUUAAUGGUGGAUCCUCUACCGGAGGACCUUCGAAAAAGGGGCCAGAGACGGUAAAAGGCAAGGGUGGAUCAGGCAAGGUGGAGGAAGAAGUUGUCACAAGGAUACCGAUUGCUUCACCAUUGCUUUCGGUUUCAAAGGUACGGCUAGGGGUCCCUAAAGUCCGAUCUCAUAUCACCAGGAACAGGGCAGGUCUGGAGUGUCACAAUAGUCUUUCAGGAGAUCAUCCAUCCAAAGUCAUCUACAGUCAGAAAGGGGCAGUGAUAUGGGUCGAUUACCUGCCAUCUUCAGUGUUGCUUAUGACUGGAAAUUCACGCUUUAGUGCAGUUGCGUGUGAAGACGCUGGGGUCUAUGUGUACUCUCCAGCUGGACGGAGGCUAAUGCCCUGCCUAAUCUUGGAGUCGGCCGCAACACUGAUGGAAUGUGAUGGCGAAUAUCUGAUGGUCCUUACAUCAUGUGGACUUGUUCAUUCAUGGAAUGUUAUUCAACAGAGAGCCGUUCUAUCCUCCAUCUCCAUUUCACCGAUCCUACAAUUGACCGCUCAUGCUGCAGAUUCUCCAUCAAGUUCAGUCUCUAUCAGCUCAGCAACAGUGCGUCAGAAUGGUUUGCCUUUGCUUACAACGUCCUCAGGUCAAGGUUAUACGUAUCAUGAGAUGAUGAGAACUUGGGUGAAGGUUGUUGAUCCUUGGUUUGCCAUAUCAUCCUUCUUUGGAACGGAUCCAAUGUUGGGUGGUCGUGACUCCUUUGGAGAUAUCGCAGCGCCUUCUGUCUCUCAAAAGAAAGGCAUCCUCUCACAACUCCAGGCUGCAGCCACGGGUGGACGUCUCGAGAAGGAUGUGGCGUUUGCACAGGAGCUCUUGAAUGUCGAAGAUUCGGUACAAGGCGUCGUCACCUUGACACAUCUCGAGAAUCAAAUGGCAGCGGCACAAGUCCUAGGGUCAUCUACUGAGUACAAACAAUGGUUGCGAUGUUAUGUCCAAAGACUUGCAGAUGAGAGCUCGGUAGCACGUGUGGAAGAGCUCUGUAAAUUCCUUUUGGGACCCGUGUACCAAGGAGGUGACAAGUCAGGAUGGCAACCGACUAUCCUAGGAUUCCAGAAACAUGAGUUGCUACGAGAGUUACUUCCUGUGCUAAGCUCGAAUAGGUCUUUGCAACGGAUUGUAAAGGAGUAUCUGUCGGGGCUAGAGAUGGUGGCGAAGGCAAAGCAAAGUGCCACAGCAGCACCAGACACGUCCAAAGCCUCAAGCUAG